AUGGCGGAGAGCGCACCUUCGGACGGCAAGCAAGCGACGGCGCCAGCUCAAGGCACGGCGCCCCCCCGGCAGCGCGCCCCCUCCGACGCAGCAGCGCACCGGCGACGCUCCUGCGGAAGCCGCACAUGUGGGGAUGCGGGCAAGACCUCUGACGCGGACAUGCGCGAGGCCGAUGGCAACGCCUCGGCAGACGCUGCAACCCAGGAAACUGGUGACGCGAACUCAGGGUCUAAGGCUCCAGACGCAGGCGGUGCAACUUCGAACGUGAACAUGGAGGGCGCCCCUAAAUUCAAGACACCUCGACACACGACGCUGGAGGACGUCAGCGGGCUCAUCUUUGCAGGUAUGCUUCGACAGGAGGAGGUUGAUUUCCUUAACUUCCUGGUCCCUGAACGUCCACCACACUGGAAGCUGCCGGCUCCGCCGAAUCUCAAGACCAACGCGCAACUCGUGGGAGUCCCAGGGAUCGUGAACGACAUUCGCGCGGGCGCGUUCGCCAUGGAAGGCUACGGCGGCGCGACUACGCUGGUCGGCUUCGAGGAGCUCUCCGACGAGGAUCUUCAAGGGUUGAAGGAAGUCUCAUUCGAGCUGGACCACACCCUGAAUUUCAUCGGUAUUCGACGCGAGAUGGCUUCACUCCUGCGUCACUUCAACAGCACAAGGCUCGCUGAACGUGUGUUCAAGAUGACUGGUUACCUGCGUCGCGUCCUUGAAGCCUAUAGGCACAUGAUUUCCCUGGCUGAUUCUCAGCAGGGUGCUUCCGCUGUCCAAGACACGGUCGACACGCGGCGCAAGUACAAGGAAUUGAAGUGCUCCUGGAAAUUCACGUGUGACUACUGGCUUCUGGAGGUUCAAGAGCCCCUGGGCAAAGCGGAUUCCGCCGGGGACCAGCAAAAGACAGCGUUGCAGGAACAGAUGGUGCAAUACCAGGACGAGAUUGAUUCCCUGGAAUCCGAGAAGGCGCAGCUCAAGGCGCGCCUGGCGGACUCUGAGGCUCAGGUGCAGAUCCUGAAAUCGCGACUCGAGGCUGCUGCUGCUGUGGAUCCCUGGAAGUUCUCUGACUUCUUGCAGAAACACACUGAAUUUACGGGUAAUUGGGAGCGUUUCCACGACCUCUUCAAGUUCUGCAUCAAUGUUGUGGUGAAGCACCGAACAAGAAUUUCCAACUGCGAUGACAUCAAGCGACAUGGCGGCAGAACGAUAGGCAGGGAUCAGGCUGCGGUCGCGGAUCAAGAGGGUCUAUCGAGAGAUCUCAAGCGAUUGGAUAACACCCAAGCCCGGAUCGACGACCAAUCUCGCAGACCUAAGGCGGCCGAGGACAGAAGAGGACGGAUCGGCAGCGCACAGCAACUCGCACAGGUCAUCGAUCGGGAGUUGAUCGCCGAUCGCCGAUCGGGAUCGAUCGUGGAUCAGACCCCGAUCGUGGAUCGCCGAUCGUGGAUCGUGGAUCGGGAGCCGAUCAUGGAUCGCCGAUCGACCCGGAUGGGAAGCACAUGGGGGCGAAGCCAGGGCAAGAAUCCACCUCCUGAGUCCUGGGACACUGUCAUCAACGUCACGGCCAUGGACAAGCGCAAGGCUGCGGUGGCCCCGUAUCCUGAGAAGAGCACGCGCAUGCCUCCGUCUUCAGGGUCUGGGUCGUCCAGUCGUCCUGAAAUUCUGGAUCUCACGGGUCCUGGCAGCAAGUCUCGCAGCGGCACCAGACACACAUUCGAAGUCCACAAGCUCCAAGGUUCCCAGCGUCGUCCCAAGAAUCAUCAACCUGGCCGCGACUCUGUGCGUCGCGCCGGCGAGAAGAAUGUGGUGUCCAAGGAGGCCGCACACACGAUGCUCCCUGGGGGUAUCGUCUGGAAGGAAGUUCGGCCAGACGUGCGUCAGGCCAUUCUUGCUGGGCUCAGGAACGACACAGCCAUGGAGUGGAUCGGCAGCGAUCGGGCGGCUCUCGGACAUUUCCGGCAGCCGCAGCCGACCCAGAUGCUCGUGAGCAUGAUGCACUGGCGUCGUCUCGACCAGACUCCCUGGAGCAAGUACGUCCCUGAGGCCAACUACGAAAUGGCGGAUGAGCGUCUGGAUCGGCGCCUUCGACGUGGUGACACUCCGUCACCCUGGGCAAACCUCGACGACCAAGUGGUGUAUCCUGACGAAGACGCAGAUUCCACGGUGGACGACGUUGAGAACGACCCUGACUACAAGCCUCCUGCUCAAGACCCAGAGGAAGACACCAGUAGCUGUUCCGAAGUGGAAGCGGGGAAACCCGCCGCUAAAAUUCAGGAGGGCGUCAAGGAGGAGGAGGAAGAGGACGACGAAGAAGAAGUAGAAGAACCCCUGGAAUCCAAGCCUCCUGUCAAGCGUCCGCGUUCGGGGUCCAGCGGGAAAUCCCAGAGUUCCAACCCAAAGCCUAAGAAGCAGCGUCGCAAGGAGUCCCAGAAACACACUUCUGGCACUCAGGCUUCCGGUGCAACUCAGGAGACCAAGGCCCCUACGCGUCCCAAGAAACCAUUCACGCUCGCUCGCAAGUCAUACGCAGAGCUCACCGUUGAGGACUUGAGGACGACCGAGGUCCCUGAAGAUGACGAGACCUCCUGGUGCAUCCACCGUAUCCUGGUGUUGUAUCCAAGCUCGACCAAGAGCUCGUCCUGCCAGACUCCUGGGUUUCCAGAGGAUGAGAUCCACAAGGUAUUCUACUUCCACGAGCGAAGCUUGCUCACGGCGAAGGCACUCAAACUGGUGGAGGAAAUCGUGGACGCCAUGCACAAGCACGCACAAGUAAUUUGGGAACGGGGACACUGGGUGCCCAUCCCGACCGAGGCCACGGGAGAUACACUCAUGGAGAGCUCUGACAAUACCCCUGGGUUCAUACCCUCGUUGCUGCACGAGCCAGGUGUCUGGAAGAUCCCUGACAAGUGCUGCCACUGGAUUUGGGAAGAUCCCACGGCCACGACCCAGCUUGCUGCGUUGGACAUGCGCGAGCCGACCCGGGUGAAGUGGAACACGGCUGCCGAUGACGGCGAGUGGCUCCAGUACGUGCCGCGCAAUGUCUCCCGCCACAUCAAGCCUACGGCCAUCCGUAAGCUCAACCUGCUGUCUCUUGUGUACUCUUGA